UACUGUACUAUUUGACUUGCUAUUGAUAGAGGUGAAUAGGUAUUAUCAAUCUAACUUUACGAUUACAAGAUACCGCCCGUUUUUAAAUUGAUGUAGAAAUAAUAUAUGAAUAAAUCUUACCGAUUUUCGUUUAAAGUUCAAAUUUAAUAUUCUCAACCAUUAAUUGCAUAGCAUAUUAUGAUUUUUAUGUACACUACUAAAUAUAUUCGUGUGUUGUGAAUCGUGUGUGCGCAGAAGAUAUUGAUAAAAACUCAGACGUAUAGAUUUUUUGUUCGCCUUCAUUGUAACUCAUAACUGGAUACAACAGGAGCAAGAAUAUAUUUUGGGACUGGUUUUGAAAAUGUUACGGAUUCGUGGAUUACAUAUAAUUAAUCGAUUAAAUAUACCUUCGACGCAACAUGUCAGAGGUAUUUCAAAAGUAUCUCAGAUAGAACCGGAAAAACCAGAAAUUAAAACGUCGAUACCUGGUCCCAGGACGCAAGCCUUACUAAAAGAACUUUCAGCACUGCAGCAAGCUGACUCGGUUCAGUUGUUCGCUGAUUAUGAUAAAAGCACUGGUAACUAUUUUGUUGACGCCGACGGCAAUGUCUUCCUGGAUGCCUUCACGCAAAUUUCGUCCGUACCAAUUGGUUAUAAUCACCCUGAAUUGUUAAAAUGUUUUGACGAUAAACAUAAUCUGAGAUCGCUUAUCAACCGGCCGGCUCUGGGUGUUUUCCCAUCAUUAGAUUGGCCCAAGAAAUUAAACAAUGUCUUAAUGGCAGUAGCGCCUAAAGGCCUCAAUGGUGUUUCGACGAUGAUGUGCGGUUCCUGUUCAAAUGAAAAUGCCUACAAGACUGUAUUUAUGUGGUACCGUAAAAGGGAACGAGGAGGAAAGAUUGAUUUUACUCAAGAGGAAAUGGCGUCAUGUAUGGCUAACCAGCCACCGGGAUCUCCUAAUUUAUCAAUUUUAUCAUUUCAGGGUGGAUUUCAUGGUCGCACGUUUGCAGCCCUAACGACCACGCGAUCUAAGCCAAUACAUAAACUGGAUUGUCCAGCCUUCGAUUGGCCUCAGGCCCCUUUUCCGAGAUACAAGUAUCCUCUUGAGCAGAACCAGCGAGAAAAUAAAAAAGAAGAUGAUAAAUGCUUAGAACAGGUCGCUGAUGCUAUUGAACAAUAUAAGAAGAAAGGGAAUCCUGUCGCUGGACUAAUAGUGGAGCCGAUUCAGUCUGAAGGGGGUGAUCAUGAGGCAUCGCCUGAGUUUUUCCAAAGACUACAAAAGCUAUGCAAAGAGAAUGGAGUUGCAUAUAUUAUUGAUGAAGUUCAAACCGGUUGUGGACCAACUGGUAAGAUGUGGUGCUACGAACAUUUUGACCUACCCUCUCCCCCUGAUGUGCUAACGUUCAGCAAGAAAAUGUUGACUGGUGGAUUUUACUUCAAUGUUGAAAACAAACCAUCUCAACCAUACAGAGUAUUCAAUACUUGGAUGGGGGAUCCCGGAAAGUUGAUUUUGUUGGAAAAGGUCUUGGAAGUAAUUAAAAAUGAAAAACUGAUUUCUCUUGUAAAUGAAAGUGGAAAAGUUUUAAAAAAAGGUUUGCAUGAGUUGGAGCAUGAAUUUCCGAAUCUAAUCAACAGUGUGCGAGGACGGGGCACGUUUUUAUCCUUCAAUUCCCCCACUACGAAAUGUAGGGAUCAAAUUAAUUCUGAUUUGAAGAAGAAUGGUGUACUAGGUGGUGUCUGCGGAGAAAAUACCAUACGUCUUAGACCAGCACUUAUCUUCCAGAAGAAGCAUGCUGAAAUAUAUAUAGAUAUUUUACGAAAAACUUUAAAAGAAAUGUAAAACAUUUCUUCAGAGAAGUCUUCUUUAUCUUUAAUAGUUAUGUCAUUUAUUUUUUGUGAUUAUCUACAGUAUUAUUUUAUAUUUACGCGCUACUAUUUGUAUUUAUAAGACUUUUUGAAGUGCCAUAUUCAUUAAGUUAAAUAUUUUAUUAAGAUAUAUAUUUUUCACUUUUAUUUAUAUCUGUAUAUGUUUGCUUUAUAUUAAAUGAUAAUUAUAAGGUGAUUAUAAAAUCACGUGCCUCAAAAAAAGUCUUCCAAUUAUAGAAUUUCACGAUGACUAGUACUAUACUACUUAUAAAAAGUUUUA